AUGCUGGGCAUGAACGCCAAGGCGCCUUUCGGCGUGCACCCUGCCCUGCAGGAAGCCAAGUUCGCCAGCCUGCACUCCAGCUCGGAGGCGAUGCGCCGCGUGUGCCUGCCAGCCCCGCAGGGCAAUAUAUUCGGGAGCUUUGAUGAGAGUCUGCUGGCCCGCGCGGAAGCUCUGGCGGCGGUGGACCUGGUCUCGCACGGCAAGAGCCAUCCUUUCAAGCCCGACGCCACCUACCAUACCAUGAGCAGCGUCCCCUGCACGUCGGCGGCGUCCAGCUCCUCGCCCCCCGUGGCCAUCUCGGCGCCCUCGCACCACCAUCACCACCACCACGCGCAACAUCCUCACCAUCACCCGCACCAUCCCCACCCGCACCACCACGCCGGGGCGCAGCACCAAAGCCUCGACGGCGGAGAUCUCCUGGAGCACCUCUCUCCCGCGCUGCUGGGCGGCCCCGAGCCGGGCGCGGUGCUGGCCGGCCCCAUGCACCCUCACGCGCACCCACACCUGGGCGCAGCCAUGGGCCACCUCCACCAAGCCAUGGCGAGCAUGGCGCACGCUCCUCCGCCGCCGCCUCCCUCGACGGCCCCGGUGCCGGCUCCCCACGCGGGUUUGCCUUGCCUGGGCGACGUGGAGUCGGACCCUCGCGAGCUGGAGGCGUUCGCCGAGCGCUUCAAGCAGCGGCGCAUCAAGCUGGGCGUGACCCAAGCCGACGUGGGCGCGGCGCUGGCCAGCCUGAAGCUGCCCGGCGUCGGCUCUCUGAGCCAGAGCACCAUCUGCCGCUUCGAGUCGCUCACGCUGUCGCACAACAACAUGAUCGCGCUCAAGCCCGUCUUGCAAGCGUGGCUCGACGAGGCCGAGGCCGCCUGUCGCGAGAGGAGCGCGCAGGCCGAGCUGCUGCGCGGCGCCGAGCGCAAGCGCAAGCGCACGUCCAUCGCGGCGCCGGAGAAGCGCUCGCUGGAAGCUUACUUCGCGCUGCAGCCGCGCCCGUCGUCUGAGAAGAUCGCCGCCAUCGCCGACAAGCUGGAGCUCAAGAAGAACGUCGUGCGCGUCUGGUUCUGCAACCAGAGGCAGAAGCAGAAGCGCAUGAAGUACUCGGCGGGGCACUGAGAACGCCAGGUGCACCAAAGACCAUAGAUCACAUACAUACAGUAUAUCUAUAGCUAUAUCUAUAUAGAUCUCUAUAGAUGUUGCUCGACGGCAACAGGGAGCGGAAUAAAUGGAUCUCUGCAAGGACAGCCCUACCGAGCCACAAAGCCAUGGACCUUAACCAACCAACAAACGCUUCCUUCUUUUCCUCUGGCCAUCGGCCGCCUGGUUUAUUUAUUUUAUUUAUUAUUAUUAUUAUUACUAUUUAUUGCUUAUUAAUUAUUUUCAUCAUCAUCAUUCAGUUGGCACAGCUUACUGUUGUUCCUCCCUGCGGGAGCGGCUGCAAAUCAAAACUACUAACCAUCCAAAAUAAAACGCGCGCACACACAAAAAGUUUGUUUCUCCCCCAACCUCCAAGCCAUCUUUCCCGUUUCAUCCUUCUGGGUUUCUCUUCUCACCCGAGUGUGUGUCUUCUGGCGUCCCAGAGAGUGUAUGAAGCUUGCCAUUUUUGUUGGAAGAGUUUAAACUCGAGAGGUACUGAUUUCUUUUUUAAAAAAAUUAAAAUAAAAAAUGACGCAAUAAGAACGGCAGUGGUAGAUGCAGUU